UUGGUUAAUUUCAAAAGACCACUUUAAUUUUGAAAUGGAGGUGGAAAGGCAAACUUCCGUAGCAUGACUUGCUAUGAAGUGUGUGUGACUGGCAGGGGUCUUGGGUAGUAACGUUAUCAGAUAAGUUUUGUAUGUGAAGACGUUAACAAUACACAACGAAAUUUGAUGAGCUGACCUUGUUUUCAUUCAUAAUGUCUUCGACAGAUUUUAAAGCACUUGUACAACGAUUUUACGCUCUCCAAGAGGAACGCGUGGAGGCUUACAAGUUCUUCGAUGAGGGCCAUGAGGCAUACUUGAGGACCGGUCCCCACUAUGACUUUGAGCACUACAAGCAGCUGGUCCAUGAGAUAGCCAAAGCUUUCGCUGGCCUUUCUAAAGAUGUGCUAGACAUUAAAGAGAGGCUGGAACAAGAUUUUGACCGCCAAGACCUAGUAGAGCACCUUGACCAGCUACAGAGCAAGGAGAAAGUCAAGCUUGAGCUGACAGCCCAUCUCCAGCUGGCCAAGCAAACGGCCCAGGACCACCCAGACGAGGAAGGUUGCCAGGAGAAGGUUCAAGAGAUCAGACAAGACAUCAUUAAAAACCAGGAGGCCCUGAGCGAGAUCCUGCAGGAUUUCAAGUUUGACUCCGAAGAGCCUGAAUGAGGGAACGGGAAACUAAAUCAGACAGACAGACAGACAGACAGAGACGGGAAGAAAGAACAGGAGCGAGUGGUGAUCUCUGGAUGCUCCAGAGAGCAAGUCGGGGUGUCUGAUGUGUGGAGGGGCGAGUGGAGCUCUGCGGCCACAGCGCUGACACUGACUGAUGCACUGCUCCCCCACCACUUCCCCUCUCAUUCAGCCUGAAUUAUUGAUUCCUCUCUGGACUCCCUGCUUGUGGAGGCCUGACUGCUGAUGCCUCUCUAAUCGGUCCUCUCACCCAGAGUGAAAUGGAUGUGGAAGAGACUCCUGGACACAUGCUGAGUAGGCUGGCAUUGAUGUAUAUAAGUACAUAUUUUAUUUUACAAACACAUUUUUGUAAGACAUUUAGGCUCCACAAACGUGAAAAAUUAACCUCAGAAAAUGGAAGUUGCCAUGUGCCUGCAGUAAAAUAGUGACACCUUGGCUGCUCA